AUGCCUGACUUUAGCAGACCUGCAGAAGCAGAAACGGAAACUCAACUCGAGAUGCGUAUCGAAUGUGAACGGGUUCAGCAGUUGCGCGAGUUAAUUUUCAAAGCUGGCGUGAGGCUCCCUCAAACUAUGGCUUUGCCAUUCAAUGGAGGCCAAGAACGAACGUUGCUGCGCUUUACACGGGCGCGCGCAGAUACUGAAAAGUCUUUCGCUAUGCUAAGAUUGACACUGAAGUGGCGCGAGUUGAAAAAUGUUGAUUACUGUCUUAGAGAGCCCUUGUCCGGAUUCUAUAUUGGUUAUGGGAAAAACGGCAAACCAAUUUUUCUCGAGCACACUGCUGUUGUCCCGUGGGAAGAACUUGUUGAAACUAUUGGUACUGAGUCGUUCAUCCACGCCCAGACACAGUGCCUUGAAUGGCAGUGCAUCGAAGUACAUCAGGAUGCGGGUCGGAGGUUGGGUCGGCCUGUCACGCAGGGGAUUAAUAUAUGGGACUUGACGCUCUGCCCAUUUGCUCAUACGCUCAUCCUUUUAGAUCCUUUCUAA